CACUGCACAGAUUACAGAUAAGUUUACUGUUAAGUGUUAAGUUACUAUUUGUAUUUAGUAAAAGAUUAUAAUAAUUGAUCAAUGUUAAAUGACUUAAAGUGAAAACAAGUGUUAACGUUAAGUAAUUUAUUUUAGCCAUCAUUCAUAACAAAGAACCUACCUUUACUUAAGGCACGUAUACCUUAUGAUAAAUCCAAUAUGGACUACGACUACCUUAUAAAAUUAUUAUGUGUUGGUGAUUCAGGAGUAGGUAAAACGAGCUUUCUUUAUAAAUACACUGACGGUGUUUUUCACACUCAAUUUAUUUCCACAGUGGGAAUAGAUUUUAGGGAAAAGACUGUGAUUUAUCAACAGAAUGGAAGACAGCAUCGUAUACAUCUUCAACUUUGGGAUACAGCUGGACAGGAAAGGUUUCGUAGUUUGACAACAGCAUUUUACCGAGAUGCUAUGGGAUUUCUUUUGCUGUUUGAUUUAACUAAUGAGGCGUCAUUCCUUGAAGUGAGAAACUGGAUUGAGCAAUUAAAGACACACAGCCUUAGCGAUGACCCAGAUAUAGUACUGUGUGGGCAUAAAUGUGAUCUUCAAGAAAAGCGAUUAGUCAACCCAAAUAGAGCAAGAGAGUUUGCUAAAAACUACAAUCUUCCAUAUUUGGAGACAAGUGCCAAAACUGGACAGAAUAUUGAUCGAGCCAUUGAGAUUCUUCUUGAUAAAGUCAUGUUCAGAAUGGAGACAUCAGUUGAGUAUGCAAUGCUGUGUGCGACUGGACGCCGUCGUCAAUCCCUACAAAAGCUCCAAGCCAAACAAGACCGAAACUUUUGUUCAUGUUAAAGCGAGACAACAAUUUAGUAAUAUUAUUCAUAUAACAUUUAUUUAUUUGAAAAUUUUCCAAAAUUUAUAAUUUGUUGUGGAAAAAUGCAAAGCUACUGGACCAAUUUGAAUAUUUUACUAUAAAUUUAUUUCAGCAUAUAGUGUAUUUAAAUAAAUUGGUCUUACUAUCUAUAAUCUCUAUUUAAUCAUAUAUAUUCAUGAAAAAUGUAUUAAGAAAAUUUAAUUAUAAAAGCCAUGAUAACUGGCUGAUCCUGUGAUCCAUAUACAAUCUAAAUGUAUACAGAAAUUUUACAAUUUUAAUAUCUCUUAUUACAUAGUGAAUACAAUGCUAUCAGAUGUAUGUCGAAAUAAUAGUAUGUAUUGGCACACAAGUUGGCCAAGUUUGGAGUAACUACCAUGUGUAUGUAAUUUAAUUUAUUAUUAUUAGUAUGAAGCUCUAGGCCAUCUAUGAGCCAAUCAUAGAUUAUUGUAAAAAUGAAUGGGGAAUUAAAUAUUUGGGAAACAAAAAAAAACUAUAUUAGUUGGUUACUCCUACAUUUUGUCAUAGUUAAUAUACCAUAUUUUAAUCUGAUAGCCCUGUAUUCACUUACUAUUACUGUAUACUUAUGCUUAAGUGUUAAUAGACUGAUUUUUAUUUAUAUAGAAACUUUUUCGGACAGUUUUGCGGUCUACAUUUAUUUAUUGUAGAUUUUAGUCAUCAGUAUUUAUAGCCAAACUUCUUCUAAUUUGCUGUCUUCAAAUACAGAAUUUCUAGAGUUUAAUAUGUUAUAAGAUUUUAUCAUAAAGUCGGUUACAAGGGAAUUCUAACGCGUGAACCAGUUCUGCUAUCUGUUAAAUUGUUAUCAAGUUUUGACCGAUAUCAGAGUUAGUUUGCUCUUAAAGUUGUCUAUGAAUCUUACCCCCUUAUUCAUAUAAAGUGACAAAGAAAAUGAAUGAAACCAUAAUUCUUCGUCUCUUUCUGUCAUAUUGUUCUUACACUGUGAUUAACAGAGAGAUCAGUGGCUUAGUAAUUGUAACUGGUUUUGUUUACUUUUAAUGAAUAAGGGGAAAUGCCUCAGACAAUCUUAUUACUCUACUUUAUUGUAUCUGUAGUAAACACGGAAUGUCUUUUAGAGAAGAUAUAAAAUUGAUUAUAUUACUAAAUAUUAUCAAGGGUAUAUAGAUUUUAAAUAUUGUUAUUAUGUACUUAUUUUAAGAUGAUGUUGCUUCUGUAUUUAAAGGAACUAGUUAUUGCUUACAAAGAAAUAUUUAUGGUUCAAGUCCUAUUCCUGAAAUGUGUUAUGUGUCUUGUGUGUAUGCCUUUUAAUACAGAAUUCCGAAGGACCAAAAUCUCCAAAAUCUCCAAAAUCUCCAAUGACGGAAAAAAAAUUCACAAUCAAACUGCGAUAGAUGUAAUAUUUGUGUUUAAUGUUUGUAUAACUUAAAGCAGAGAUUGUAAAAUGCUUUCUUUACUCAUUUGCAUUUUUAUGAAAUAUCAGUUUUUUAAAGUAUUUGGCAUAAGACAGUAGUUCCGACUGGUUUGAAAUUUAAAGGAGGAAGAGUUCAUACAUCCAUUCGAAUAAUGUGAAUUCCAAGUUUUUCUGUCCAUUUUUUCUGCUAGAGUAAGUAUUGCCGUAUAAAAAAGGCUGAGAUAUAAAACCACCGUCUGCAGAAAUACGACAAAAAAUGUAACAUAUCUUUUUUUUUUCGAAUUCACAUAAGGUUAUUCUUAUAUGCCAAAGAUGUUUUAUCUAGUCAAACUAAUUUAAAUAAUAUGUUUUUUGUUUAUUCUAAAGUUUACGAGAGCUAAAUACAAAGAGGAAGAAACAGGAGACACCAAAUCGAUUAUAUACCAAAGAAUUACAAGUAUUUAUUAAGUAAAAAUAUCGCUUAAUUUUAAUGCGAAUGUUCUAAUUACAUAGUUAGGUUUUGUAUGCUGCCCUUUUAUUUGAUAUACACGGGUGUUUUACAAGCACAAAUAUAUUAUGCUGGUUUUAUCUUCAGUAUUGACAUUACCGCUGUAAGAAUCAAUUUUUAAUCCAUAUCAAAUUUUUAGAUGUUAAAUUUUUGACUUAGCCAAAUAUCGUGCAUUUAUUAAAUUAUUAUUAGACCCUAAGUAAAACGUAUUUAAAUUGAACAUUCCUGACCAAGCUGCCAUAUAGGUGUAAAUUUAUUUAUAAAUCGUCUGUUCAUUAUUUUAAAUGUAUUUUGAAAAUAAUUUUAAACUAUUCAA